ACUAACAUCUGUCGGGAUCCCGUCCUGAGCUCCCAAACCCACACGGUGAAACAAAAGCGGAAUGUUUUUGUCUCAGCAUCUUGAUAGAGAAGAGGGGAAAGGCGGUUAAUAGAUUCAUAACCUGAGCUGGUGAAGUGGAGCCAUGGGCAAGGCGGGGAGUAAAGUCCCGAGGGAGACGCCUGUGGACGGGGUGCAAGCACCGACGCCUCCUGCUGCUGCGGCUGCUCCUGCUGCCACCGUUAAGUUUGAGGGACUCACAAAAAGCAGCAGGAUGAAGGUGAAGUGGACCCAGCUGGGGUUGGUCUUCUUCCUGGUCCUGUCCCUGGUGAUGACCGGAUGCUUCUUCUGGCAGUACCAGCUGCCCAAGGUCCUGCAGGACGAGGGGAUGGGUCGCAGCGCCAAUGCAGAGAUGAUAUGUCCUCGCUUCCCGGAGCCCCUCCCGCUGGAGCAUCCCCUCCCCAGUCUGAAAGAGGCCCUGGAAAAGGUGGACACUUUGCUUCGGCAGAGCAUCAACCCCGUCAGCCUUCCCGCUCUGUCGGCCAUCGUGAUUUUAAACGACACCGUUUUAUGGACCGGCAACUUCGGCAAGAGGAACAGCAGCGACCCUCUCUCAGGCUCCCCCAAUGAGUACACCAUCUACAGAAUUGCCAGCUUAUCCAAAAUCUUCCCGACACUGAUGCUGUACAAACUGUGGGAGGAAGGGAAGAUCGGCUCCCUAGAUGACCCCCUGGAGAAGUACGUGGAGAACUUCACCAUCAAGAACCCUCUGGGGAAGUCACGCGACUCGGAGCUGAAAUAUGUGACAGAUGGUCUGAUAUUUCUGGACAGUGGGGAGGUUCAGAUCCGCUCGUCCUCCGUCACCCUGCGCAGGAUGGCCAGCCAGCUCUCAGGCCUGCCCAGGAGACUCCGGGCAACAAAUCUGCUUUGGAAAGGAAAAACACAAUCUGCAAUCAAUCUGCUGCAAGACGAUGUGCUCGUCGCAGACCCAGGCACCAAAUGUCACUACAGCAACCUCGCCUUCUCUCUGCUUGCUCACGUGAUGGCUGAGCGGGUGGCCGGCGUGGACUACCAGCGCUGGAUCGCAGACAACAUCCUGGACCGGCUGGGAAUGGAGGACACCGGCUUCGACAUCACCCCCGGGCUGCAGAGUCAAAUGGCUGUAGGCGUGUACACCAACGGGAAGCCGGCGCCGCUCUACGACCUGGGCUGGUACCGGCCUUCUGGUCAGAUGUUCUCCACGGCGGCGGACUUGGCCAAACUUGCCAUGAUGCUGCUGGGCGCUUAUCACCGCAAGCUGCUGGAGCCAGACUCUCUGAAGAUCAUGUUGAUGCCACUCCUCAGGUGCGAUAAGGACUACUUCGCCAACCGCACCGGGACACCGUGGGAGGUGAACGAGCUGAUGGGCUACGAGAUGAUGAGGAAAGAUGGCGAUCUGGACGGGUACUCUGCCACCUUCUCUCUGGUUCCCAGGCUGAAGCUGGGUCUCGUGGUGCUCAUGGCUGGCGGCAGGUCUCAGAACCAGGAUGUGGUCACCAAAGCCUACAGCCACAUCAUCCCAGCCAUAGAAAAAGCCUUCAGGGAGGCAAAGAAGAUCCUCUUUGCUCCGCCAAACCCAGACCCUUACAUCGGCUUCUUCACCUACGGCAACAUCACUUUCUACGAAAUCAAAGUGGGGUCGGACGGCGUCCUCAUCAUGCAGCAGUUUGGGCCUCAGAUCGAAGAGCUGAUCCCCGAAAAGUUUAGGACAAUAAAGCUCAACUACCUGGUCGACCGGGUCUUCAGAGUGGUGUUUGAGAAAGAAUACCCUUGUGUUCUGAAGGUCGGCUCGGCCUCGGUGUCCCUGGAAGCCCAGGAUGGUCAAUUAUUUAACUUCUACACGUUUGACAAGCGUGGUCUUUCCACUGGGUUCGACGCUCCGGGACUGAAUACGUAUAAUGUGGUCAGAAUAGCCCGCAAGCCGUCCUUCUCAAGCUGAACUGCUGCAAACGACUGUGGCCUAAAGACAAAGGGACUGACACUGUGUGAGGUCUGUGAACAAUGAGAGACAGAAAUUUAAAUGUGAGCGGUCGGAGGAAGGACCGAGCUCUGGAUAUCCAGAGUGCAAACAGGGACAGUGUUGCGUUCUCCCUGCUCUGAACUGUCUCACACAGAAAAUGAGUGGAUUUCUCUUUCUGAAUGAUGUGUAAUGUGAUUGUUCUUUGUCCUUCAUUGUCUCCUGAUUGAACAUGAUGGUGAUUCAGUGCUUGUGCUUUUCCUGCCUUUGUUUAAACUAGUCGCUGCCGUCCUUAAGUUUUCAUGAGUGAGGACAGAAGAAUGGACUUGCAGCUUUUAUCUAAUGUGCACAUUUAUCUACCGACAUUUCACUCUUCAUUCUUUGGACCAGAUUUGCAGCUCAACCAACAUCAUGGUCUCAUACAUAUUUAUCCUCCAUCUAUUGUGAGAAACAAACCGAUUACAUCUCUCUGAGGUGCUGUUUUUUUGACGGGUAAAAUUGGAAUAUUUCAUGACAAAUGUGUUUAAACAAAAUCGUGAGCUGCGGAUUUUAUGUCGACAAACAUGCACUUAGAUGAGAAUGAGUGUGAAAUAUUUUGGCUCCCAAAAUAUCAGUGAUUGAGGACAGAGAGGCUUUCGGUUGCCUGUCUGAUGCUUUCCUUUUUAAUCCCCUGAAAAUGGAGUCCUGAUUCAUCCUGACCUUUCACACCAAUAUAAAUAAUACACUGCACUGGCUGCGGCUGCUGCUGGAUGACAGAUUCAAGUGGACAAAAGAAAACGCUGCACACAAGACAGCAGCUGAUCUCCUGUGAUUGAUUGACUGUCUGGGGAUGUGAUGGAAACAGAGAUUGAAAAUGUUGCCUCGUCCUAAAGCAUCAGGUGGAAACGAGCAGAAUCGAGGAAGUGUGAAAAACAUAUUAAAAAAUAAAUGUGUUGU